AUGGAGCUGUAUACUGUGCUCGACUAUGAGCGACUAGCCAAAGAGAAACUGGACAAAGAUGCAUGGGAGUAUUUCAACUACGGAAGGGGACGAAAGUGGUGCUUUCAGGAUAGCAUUGAGGCAUUUUCGAGAUAUCGAAUAAGAAGCCGGGUGCUUCAGGAUGUUUCCAAGCGUUGUCUAGCAACAGCAGUUCUUGGUCAGUCCAUCCCAUAUCCGAUCUGUAUUUCACCGACAGCCUGUCAGUUCUUUGCUCAUCCUGAUGGCGAAGAGGCAACGGCAAAAGCUGCAGAAGCUGUAGGGGCCUUGAUGGUACUCUCUUGCGGUGCACGCUCUUCAAUGGAGGACAUUGCAAUGGCUGCACCAGGAGGUCUUCGAUGGAUGAACAUCUAUCCCUUUACAGAUCGUCAGCUCACUGAAUACACCAUCCGCAAGGCAGAGAAACUGGGAUUCAAGGCACUUGUUGUAACCGUUGAUUCUCCUGUGCCAGGCAUACAUGGUGCCAUGGAGGAACUUUUAGGAAAGGACCAUGUGGUGAACCAUUCCUCCUAUCGGUAUGUUAACGUUUGCUGUUAUCUUAACUGUAAUUGUAGAACAUCUUCAAUCUGUGGGCAAGUCUACAUGCCUGUCUAUGAGGCGGACAUUCCAUCGGCUCGUGCUGCCAAACAGGAGAGCAAUGCAAACCACUUCCAGUACGUAGAUGAGAUGACGUACAAUCCAAAAGCCACUUGGGAAUACAUACGAUGGAUCAAGAAAGUUACUUCGUUGCCCAUUGUCUGCAAAGGGAUACUAACAGCUGAAUCUGCUUCAGAUGCUGCAAGCGCAGGAGUGGAUGGGAUUCUUGUUUCAGCACACGGUGGAAGACAGCAGGAAAGCUCACCUGCUCCAAUCGAUGCAUUGGCCGAGGUAGUCGAGGCUGUACAUGGUCGAGGAGUUGAGGUCUACAUGGACGGAGGAGUUAGGACAGGGACUGAUAUCUUCAAGGCUCUUGGAAGAGGUGCAAGGGCCGUGUUCCUAGGCAGACCGAUCCUGUGGGGACUUGCUUGUCAGGGUCCUGAGGGGGUUACAAGAAUACUUCAGAUUCUUCGCGACCAACUUGACGCAAUCCUCGCAUUGGCUGGUAAGACAUAAUUGCCUUAAAUUUAUCAAUCGUG